AGAUGCAGUCGCCAUUUUGCCAUCAUCGGUUUUUACGUGUGUGUGCAGUGCAGUUUCUUCGGGACUAAAGUUCUUAUUACGUAGUCACGAAGCGUUAAUUGGCAUAUUUUUACUCAUUUUGAAUUGGUGAAAGUCAAUAAAAAAGAAUGGGACGUAAGAAGAAGAAGCAAUCCAGGCCCUGGUGUUGGUAUUGCAAUAGAGAAUUUGAGGAUGAAAAAAUUCUCAUUCAACAUCAAAAAGCAAAACAUUUCAAAUGUCACAUUUGUCACAAAAAGCUAUACACAGGACCAGGGCUUAGUAUACAUUGUAUGCAGGUACAUAAAGAAGCAAUAGAUAAGGUACCUAAUUCUCUGCCAAAUCGUAGCAAUAUUGAAAUUGAAAUUUAUGGUAUGGAAGGUAUACCACCGAACGAUGCAAAAGAGCACGAGAGGCAAAGAAAUGGAGGAAGACCUGGUUCGCCAAGUUCGGGCGAAGACGAACCUGUUAGAAAAAAGGCAAAACCGGAAGGUUUACUGGGUUCUGCGCCAGGUGCAAUGCCUACAGGUUCAAAUAUGAUGCCGGGCGUAAUGCCAGGUAUGGCAGCUCAUCCUGGUAUGCCACCCAUGGGACAGUUCCCACCACCCAUGCACCAUAUGAUGGGACCUAUGGGUCCUGUAGGUCCACCUUUCAUGGGACCUGGUAUGAUGCCUGGAAUGCCAGGCAUGCCACCAGGAAUUCAACCACCCGUGUCAGGUGCAUCCAUACCACCGACACGACCAUUAUUCCCAAGUGCUGCAGCUGUUUCAACAGCUGCAUCAACAGCAGUCACUUCUCCUCUGGGCACAGAUUUUAAACCAAUUACAUCGGUCGCGGGUGGAUCUAUAGGGCCAGUUAAGCCAACAUUCCCUGCUUACAGUAAUGCAGAUAAUAAUACCAGUACUAGUAAUAAUGUUGGAAGCGAUCAAAAAGUAAAUCUUAUAGCAACUACUAGUGCUGCUAUUAAAAUUAUCCACCCCCCAGAGGAUCUUAGUCUAGAAGAAAUUAGAGCAAGACUUCCAAAAUAUCAGCGACGACAAAGCGACGAAAGUCGAGCUGCACAGGCCGAUGCUAAUCAACAAGCUGCGGCAUUGCAACAGCAGCAGCAGCAACAACAACAACAACAGCAGCAGCAGCAACAACAACAGCAACAACAGCAGCAGCAGCAAGCCGUUGCCGCUAAUGCAGCUGCUGCUUUUCAGGAUCAACAGCAGCGGCAACAAGCUGCAUUAAAUGCCCUUCAGCAACAACAACAAAGAUUUCAGAGACCCCCGCAAGCAGUAAUGGUUCCUGCAUCGGCAGCGAUGCCUGUUAGUUCCGUUGCGUUGAUGGCGCCGCUUAUGCGGCCUACUAUGACUUUAGCUGCACCAGCUCUGAUUCAUGGAGGUAACAUGAUGCGACCGCCCCCCAUGGGCCUUCCACCAGGAAUGAUCGGGGCAUUACCGCCGGGCGCGAUGCAUCCGGCAUUCGCAGCUCCAAUGGGUUUCCCCGGUGCACCGAUGUUGGCGCCGAUGAUGCAUCCACGCUUCAGAUGAUCACCUCCUAUGGACGGGCCCACCCCGCCACUGCACUUCGUGCUCUGGGCCCGCCCCUAAAUUCAAUUAGGGUCCGGACCUGACUGAGAAGAGGAAAGCAACAAGCACGCGUAAAACAUGUUAGCUCGCGUGGAGAUACACACUACGUUGAUCGGCCGCGGCUGCACUUGACGCAUCCUCUCCCACGAAGUUUUACACGAAGUUAGCAAACUCUUUGUUUUUUUUUCUCUCUUAUAUAUCAUUACAAAAACAUGUCACGUCAGUGCCUGAGAGGGUUAACCAGGUGCAGUGGAAACGGUCGGUCGUUUACAACUUCGUUUUUGCUGCCGGUAAACGCGUCAAAUAAACGACUCUGUUCACUUCUUUUUUUUUUUUUUUUUUUUUUUUUUAUAAACGUGUGGCUCAGUGAUCAUCGUACGUAGCUUUUCCUCGAAGAAGUUUGAACGCCAGGUGAGCAACGAGAUCAGUCGGGUUUCUCUUUCAUUCUCUGUGAAAUGAAUUUUGUUGUUCACUUAAAAGGACGACGACAAGGGUCGAAUCCUUUUGAUCGUCCAUUCUGUGGGUCCUUGUUAUUAUUAUACGUGUCUGAUAGUACCUGGUAUUGAAAUUUUGUAGUUAAUAAAAAUAAAAUAUGUUGUUGAUGGCUGUACGAGCACGAAAGCUUUCGCGUAGGAUACUUCUAUGAAAUUGCACAUAAUUGAUUGUUGGCAGAGUUAUAUAGAAGUGAUUUUUACGUUGCUCGUGGUGACAUCGAUUAACUAAAUCAGGCCCGGAAGGUGUAGAUCUUUCGGCCUGAUGAGUCUGUGUAGAAAGAAUUUCUGAAAGGCCUUGCCCGUUUUAUUUCACGGUAGACCGUUUCCACGCGCUGUUUCUCAGCCUCUGCACCAGUGUUCUCUUGGAGAGACGCGAUCGCGGAAAGGUGACCCUUCACACUGCAGCCUAUUAAUGAAAUUUAUUUUAAUUCAUCUUUUAAGCAUCUUAUUAUUUAAUCAAACAGAUGUUUUAAAUGUUCCCUUAUUAAAGAUCUAUUAUAUACAUGUAUCGUGUAAUUAUAAUUUGUAAAAUAUCAGUUAUUGUAUUUAUGUACAUACGAGCUGCAGUGUGAACAUUAUGUUGCCUCAGGUUAGUUUGUCACAACUUUUAUUUUAACGCUUCAGAUCGAAUCGAUUUACUUUUGUAUAAUCUGAUCUUUCAUAUCAAUAGUACAGAGAAAAUUGUUUUUGAAAUGUUUAAUUUAAAGGGACAUUGUAUCUAAAAUAACUUUUUAUCAGAGAUUGCUAUUUUUUUGGUGAUCUUAUACAUAUUUUUCUAAAUAGAAUCCGUUCUAUUUAAAAAAUGUUUAUAAUUUAAAAAUUCAGAUAAGCGUGAUCUCGAAUAAUUUUAGGCACGAUCCUUUUUCUACGCGUUACUAAAAAUAAAGUGACGCUCGAGGCUCGUCUCGUUAGAUAACUCAUCCUGUAUAUAUCUAUAAAGAAAUAUUUUGGCAGCUGACACUAGUUACAACAUUUUCUCGAGCGGAAAUAAAAAGAACAGUAGGAGUAAUUGUUUUACAAUUUUCUGAUUUUUCUGUACAUACAAGGGUGUAGUCUAUUCUUAUACGCUGGUAUUUGUUUCCACGUUGUUUAGUGAUGGUUUCUUAUAUUUAUUCGUUACCUUUCAAGCUGUAUCAGAACGUUUUACUAUACUAUAGUCAUUGUUCAAUCCUACAUUGUAAUUUUCUAACUGUAGUCGUUGUAAAUAAUUACCAUUGUUUGUAUUUUAAAAAAGUGUACACAAACUGUCAUAAAAGUAGAUAAUUCUAGUUACGAGAUAAAGAAAGUCGAGGGGGAAGUGAGAAAAGUAUAAAUUAACACGGAAAUCAAAACUAUUAAAUUAUUGUUAAUUAGUUAGAGAAGAUUAACAAAUUGAAACUGAAUCAUGAUAAUGUGAAUUUUCCUUCAGAAAAGCGUUGUAGCUGAUCAGGUUGCCAAAAUUGUCUGGUGCAUCAACAAUUUUCAGUCUUGUAGACAAUAUUAUAUUAUAAUUAAUUGAUCGGGAAGAAAAAGUCGAUUCGAUCUGAGAAAGCCCUCUUCCUUUGCAAGGAACAUGUUGGCGACGCAUGAGUGAGUGGUAAGUACGGAGGGUGCUCACGAAAAUCGACAUCAGCUCUCUCUACACUCGACUCACGCCGUUUUCUUUACUUUAUCCUGAAAUUCAAUCAAAUUAUCAAUGUUCCGAUCAUCGAGUUCGACGUUUUCUUUCCGUUGGAAAUAUUUAGAAAAAAUGAUUUAUCCUUCCUGCGAGUCGAUUGGAUCUCAUUAUCAAACUCUACGAUCGGACGAAUAAUUAUUUACCAACCUUUUGAAAAAUCUCCUAAUUUUUCCUCUUUCGUUUUUCCUUUAUUUUCUAUUUCUAUCGUUCUAUUAUCAUUUUCCUCAGGGUGUCUAUUGAUAGCAAUAGAAGGUCUGUGCAAGCUCACUUAGAAAGAAUACCUGCCGCGUAAAUGUAUCGCGGUUUCGGUAAUCGUAGUCUGCGACAAGCAUUAAAAAAAGAGAAAAAAAGAAAAGAAAUGAAAAAAGAGCGAAACGAUGCUCGUAGAAUCGCUUUGUGUCGUCGUAGGUUGUGUCGGUGAAGUCGAAUCUUUCAUUGCGGAGAUUCCAAUCGCAAAGGCUCUCGAACUUUUCAUACGUUUCAUGCUUUCAGACGAAAAUGGAAGUCGGCACACGACAAACGAAAGUGUUACGAAAGUGUGGCGAAGACGGUGCAAGAGGAGGAUGCAAACUCUAGAAAACAAAACAAAAAUCUAAAAAAAAAAAAAUAAAUAAAAAUAAAAAAAAAAAAAACGAAAAAAGAAAGCCACGAGACUUUUCUGUUCGUUGCUUGUUGAAAACGAGACUAUGAAAUCUAACGAAAGCAUUGUUCGUUCAAGUGUUUGAACCACGUGAGAAGUACGUGUGAAUCGUCUUUCAGUUCCCCGAACCGGGAACCUCAACCUCAGUAGGCACCCUGUUUGUCUAUUCUUUCACUCGACUUCUACCACUACUUCGAGAAAACAAAAAACUAUGUGAAAACAUCAUUACCGCGCCGUACAACACGUGUACGUACCUUAAACAAACAGAGAAAAAAAAGAAAAGAAUGAAAAAGUGAAGGAAACUACGCAUUGUUAUGAGUACACUUCAUUUUCAGGGGGGGUUGUCUUUCCGAAUCGCGUCUUUCUGUCGUUCGCAUCGCGAUCCUGUCGCUUUAUCGAAUACCUCGCGUUGCAAUAAAAACGGUGGAAUCUUCGAGCGUGGUUUCUUUCGAUUGCACGAUUCGGCAGGACAAUCUUGUCGCAGAAUUGGACAUGUAGAAGUUCUGUUAUUUAUUGAGUGUCACAUUAUCAACUUGUUCCGAAUAAAGACGUUCUGUGGAAAGCUCGAAUGAUUGGGCAUAGUCUGUCGUUCUGGGACACGUUUUCGUUCGAAGAGGUAUCACACGUCUCCGAAGGGAAUCGUAAAUAGUAGUUUCGUACACGAGUAAACGUUGUUGUCUGUAACGUUCUUUUAACUUUGUAGCUACAACGGUCUUUUUUAUCGCGUUGUUUCCGUUCUCUGAAAUAGAAGUCAAAGUACCUGUCGAUAAAGUAGUAAACUAGUUACCGACUGUGCCGUAGCUGCAGGGUUGACAAUCUUUUUAGCAUUAUUUCGUUUUUCGUCUUCUUUUCAUUUUUUACGUUCUUUCUUAUCAGUAGAAAAUUGUACGUUGAUGAAUUUCUUUCUCCCAGAAUGACGGGCGACAGCCACAUAUUGUUUCAACCAAUCACAGCUCUGAUCGCUGUUGGACCUAAUCGGUCCCUUGCCCGAAGGCAGGCGAUUGUUUGGACCUACCGUCCUAGGGUCGAGGUACCUGUUCUCUUCUCGAUUAUCCGAAUCGAUUACCAUUUUUAUUGCUUUCGUAACGCUUUUGCGACACGGUCUAGUUUGCGGGAAGAGAGAAAAGGAAAGAAAGUGAAUCGGGAAGUAGCAUGGUCCUUGACUGAACGGACGCGUGGCUGGACCGAGAAACAAUAUAUCAAUCGUAAUCGGUAAUGAGUCGCGGGUAAAUCGUAUUAACCGACUCGAUCGUUCGAAACGUUGAAACGAGAGAAUGCAAUGUUAUUUACUAAUUAAAAUCUAAUUUAUUGACUUUCUCAACAGUUUUUAAAUUACCGAUCUCAUCUUCUUAUUAUAAUAAUUUCGUUCGCGAUAUCGUUUUUCUCCUAAGAUUUUCAUUAAGAAAUUUCUCUCAAUGAAAAGUGAUUAUCUUUGGCUUGUAUCUCUUGUACGACAUUUCGAUCGUUCGUAGAAUGCUUAGCUGGCUCUCUGUGUGUAUAUCGAUACAUCUGUAUCUUACGUUGCGCAACGAACCUUCAUUAUCCUGUUCCUUUUUACGCUAAUAAUGUCUUUCCACUUGGUGACAGCGGAUGCACGAUAUUCGCUCGUGGGGAUCGCUUUGCUCGAGGAACCGGUAACACGGUGGCUCUUUGUCAUUCUAAUAUCCUUAUAUCCGUCGCGGCUCCAGGCAUUGGAAAUUAAGUGCUACCUUAACGAUUACCACACGUUUCAUUAUCUUUCUUCAUUUUCUCGCACAUUUUAUUUUGUGUAUUCCUUUUAUCAAUAUGAUCUUGCAUAUUUUUAUCGCAAACCUUUCUACUUGAUGGAUACGUAAAAAUAGUCAUAUCUUCUCUCCUUUCUUUUUUUUUUUUUAAUAUUUCAAUUGAAUUUUUUAAAUACUUUUCAAUGGAAGAUUACUGUAAGUUUGUUCGAUUAAACGUUGUUGUUGUUAUUCUUUUUUAUUUAUUAUUAUUUUUUUUUUAUUGUUACGAGACUGAUGUUAUCAAAUCGAGCUUUUAGGUCGCACUUUAUUCCUGCGCGGACCGCUUAUCAGAACUUAGCAGUAGUCUCUACUCUUCUAUAGCAUUGUUGUUUUCAGCCGACUGCGCCUGAGUAGAAUGGACAAUAUUGUCGAAGAGCAAAAAAAAGAAUAAAAAAGCAAAAGAAAUAGAGAGAAAGGGGUGACAAUUACACCUGUAUCUCGUUAAAACACGAUCAAUAAAUGACAGUUGUUUUAUAAAAAUA